AUGAACCCCCACCCGGGCCACCCAGGCCACCCUCUCCCCCCUCGAGACUUACCCACCAUCCCUCACUGCCCCCCUGGCUUCUCACUGGACCCCCGCCUGCACCACUCUCCGGUAGUCGGUCUCCACCGCCCUCCAAAACCCCAUCGUGAUCUCAACCCACAAGAGCAACUACAGCUACGUCGCAAAAUCAACAGCCGUGAGCGAAAACGAAUGCAAGAUUUAAACGUCGCGAUGGACGCUCUUCGAGAGGUCAUGGUUCCCUACGCGACAAACCCAACUUCUCAAACUCCUGGGAGAAGACUGUCCAAAAUUUCAACGUUAGUUUUGGCGAGGAAUUACAUCUUGCUUUUGGGAUCUUCGUUGCAAGAAAUGCGCAGACUGCUAGGAGAGGUUAGCAGCGUUGGGGUAGCUUCUACUCCCAUACCAAGGUUGUUGCUAACGGGCGGUUGCUGGCCGGUAGUGUCCAAUCCGGCGCAAAUUCUGCUAACUCAAGAGGCUUUUAUAGCGCAGUCGUCCAAUGCGCCUUCGUCCAAUGGGAAAUGUCCAGUGAUAGUGCCUCCUUCUGGUCAGGUUGAGGCUAUGAUCGUCCCAGGUCAGUGGGGCAACGCAGGGGGGAGUCUAUGUCCGUGCGGAGUCUGCAGACUGCCCAGGUUUAGUCACGCAACGUCACCAACGAGAUUUCCAAAGUAG